AUGCCGCCCCAGAUCAAGCAGGACCUUAACCGGUCUGGCUGGGAGUCAACCGACUUCCCGUCAAUCUGCGAGUCCUGCCUGCCCCAGAAUCUCUACGUCAAAAUGCUCAAGGAGGACUACGGCGCUGAGUGUAAGCUUUGCACGCGCCCCUUCACAGUCUUCAGCUGGGCCGCGGACCGCGCACACGGCCGCAAAAAGCGCACCAACAUCUGUCUUACAUGUGCGCGACUCAAAAAUGCCUGCCAGUGCUGCAUUAUGGAUCUCCAGUUUGGCCUGCCCAUCGUCAUCCGAGACAAGGCCCUCGAGCUCAUCGCCCCCGGACCCCAGAGCGAAAUCAACCGCGAGUACUUUGCGCAGAAUAACGAGCGCGCCAUUGAGGAAGGGAGGGCCGGCAUUGAAGAAUAUGAGAAAUCAGACGAGAAGGCGCGCGAAUUGCUGCGUCGCUUAGCGCAAAGCAAGCCGUACUUCAGAAAGGGAAGGGAGGUGGACGACGAAGGGAACACGGUCUCUGCUGGCUCAUCCGGGCCAUCCGGGAAUGGAGGUGCGAGAGGUGGAAAUCCGGCCGUCGGCGCGGGUGUUGGCGGACCAGGCCCUAUUCGCACCCGCGAUUCACGAGCUGCAGCUGCACUUGGCGCAAGACCGAGAGGCGGGCGAAAAGGACCGAUAAUCCCAAAUGCUCCUCCUGGACCCAAGGACUGGAUACCGCCAUCCGACACAAGCAUCAUGUCACUUUUUGUGACGGGUAUCGAGGACGAUCUUCCCGAGCACAAGAUCCGCGAUUUCUUCAAGCCCUUUGGCAAGAUCAAGUCGUUGGUUGUGUCGCACAUGACGCACACCGCAUUUGUCAACUACGAAACUCGGCAGGCCGCCGAGGCCGCGGCCGGAGAACUCAAGGGGCGUACUGUAAUCGCCGGUUGCCCUUUGCGCAUCAGGUGGGGCGUACCCAAGGCAGUCGGAACUAUGGACAAAGAGGAGCGCACCGCAAUGCUCCGCGACGGCCGGUCUGCUUUCUCGGAUGCAAGACGGAAGGGUGGACAGGGUGGGCAAAGAGAUAUCACGGAUGGAAAUGCGCAAGGAGGGCAAGCGGCUGCCCAGGCAGACGAGCUAUCCAGUCUUGAUUUGGCUCCACCUCCUGGAGCAGACGAUGUACAAUACGCCAGCCUCGCUGGUAACUAA